CACAGCUGUAGCAGUAUGUUCUCUUGUGCGCUGCUCGGGACUGUUGUUCUCACUUUUAGCAUAUGCCACUCAGACGGCUUCACAUUAGCAGGAGAGGACAUUCAGCAGGAUGAUUUCCUCCACGCUCGCCUCCAUCCACCCUUCCAGUGUCUGGACAUGAGACCCUCUCCCAGCAUCCCAACCUCAGUCGAAUAUGUGAAAGCUGCAGACGUCAAGGUCAUCGCCGCGCUGGGAGACUCGUUGACAACAGCCAUUGGUGCUAAUGGCUCCACUAUUCUUUCCAUUCCUUUUGAAUUUCGCCAAGUGUCAUGGAGCAUUGGAGGAUAUGGAACCUACCAGAAUGUAAUUACACUUGCAAAUAUUUUCAAACUCUUCAAUCCCAAGCUGCUGGGCCCGUCCCCAAUGGCGACCUUUCACGGAAGGCCCACCACCAUCAACCAGACAGGUUUCAACUUUGCCGUGACGGGGCACAACACGCUGCAAGUCAUCCUCACAUUUAGUUCAAAGCCUGUUGGUAUGAAGAUGUCAGAUCCUUUGAUUGAUGCUGUUUAUGUGCUCUCUGGCAGGAACGUGUCAGAUCAGAUCUGUCACAUGAUAAAAACCUUCAAAUCAUAUCCUGUAUGUCUCAUCUUUCCGGGUCUGAGCUUCCACGAGGACUGGAAGUUGGUGACCCUGCUGAUUGGCAUGAAUGACAUAUGUGAUUAUUGCAAGAACAAGGUGGGCCUUUCUGGAACCUUCUCUGGAACCUUCAUGGUUAUUAUUGUUCUUGUGUUGCAGACCCUGUUCUCUGCUGACAGUUUCAUCCACCACAUGACUGAAGCCCUCGACAUGAUGAUGAACAAGAUCCCGAGGACCAUUGUGAAUGUGGUGCAGAUCCUCCCCAUGAAGCCCCUCAGAGACGUCCACAAGCCGACGCUGGGCUGUCAGCUUCAAAAGCGCUUCUGCUCGUGCCUUGUUCAACCUGAGGAUAACUCCUCUGAGCUGGAGGAACUGGUCCAGGUGAACGUCCAAUUCCAGAGAAAACUGCGACAACUUCUCCAGGGUGAUCGUUUCUUCAAAAAGGACUUUGCCGUCAUUCUGCAACCUUUUUUGGAAAAGGCGGGACCGCCCAGACUUCCUGAUGGUACAGUGGACUCCAGCUUCUUCACGGCCGACUGUUUCCAUUUCACUGUCAAAGGACACGAGGAGCUGGCCAAGGGACUGUGGAACAACAUGUUCCAACCUGAAGGAGAAAAGGGGAUGAUUGAGAGCUUCUCAAAGCCAAUAAAACUCAUUUGUCCACCAAAGGAGCAUCCUUACAUUUACACCAGACCUAAGACCAAGUCAUCUGCACCAACAAUCAAACAAUCUUCUCUGACUAAACUCUUAUUUGUUUGUGUCCUCUAUCAUUCUCUGCACUACUACUGAUAGUCAUUAACAUAAAUCCGCACCAUUAGCGGAGCAUAUGGAGCAUAUAUAACAUAGCAUCAAUGCAUGAUGUUUCCAUAAAACUCCUAGUACACUUGAUUGUUUUUAUAUCUCCUGACACAUCUUUACUUGUGUUGUCAAUGUUUGCACAUUAUACACUGUGUGUGCACAACGAUGAAGAUUUAUUUCAUAUGAUGAUUUUUCAACAUAUUUUCCUUUAUUUUCGAUUGAC